AUGACAGCCGAAACAAUUCGCCGUGUUUCUUUCUCUGAAGAACCAACACGAGAUAUUGAGAAAGAUGAAGAUGACGAAUUAGCACUCAUUACUUGUGAAGCCAAGCCAGUCUCCACCUAUCUUCUUCGCCGUAAACCAUCAUUCGCUUUUGAGCGAACUCUUCCCCCAGUUCUUGAAGAAGAAACACAAAAAACCCUUGAAAAACAAGAAACCACACAUAAAGAUGAAGAAAAUGGAAAAGAU